UUAAACUUGAAACUCAAAGGAGAAUGAAAAGAAAAAAAAAAGAAAAUGGAUAACAUGAGGACACGUAAUCAGAAAUUUGGCGGUUGGGAGCAGCCACUGCAUAACUGCUGUGCUCUCUGAAAGUCUCAACCUUUAAGGAAGAAGAAGAUAGAGAGACAAAGAGAGCUCAAAUGGCAACCAAAGCACUAUCAACUGUAACUGCAAGUUCAAAAGGAAUCUUCCUCUGCCCCCACCAAUAUCACGAAUUCAACCGCCACCGCUUUCUCUCUCUGCAACACCACCACCACCACCACCACCACCAUAACACUAGCUCAUCAAAACCAAGGCCCAUCACCAGCUUCCUCGUCCAUCUGGAGCCCAUUGGGCCUAGGGCACACCAACACUCAAAGCCCAAGCCCAAAUUGACCAGAGCACGAGCCGCCGAUUCAACCCAGCCUACCACCGUCUCCUCCACCGCCGACAAGACCGUCGUUCCUGACGACCAGUUCUCCCUCGCUAAGGUUUCGUUUGGGGUUAUUGGUCUGGGUGGUGGGCUUUCACUCUUGUCGUAUGGUUUUGGGGCGUAUUUUAAUAUCCUUCCUGGGUCUGAAUGGUCAGCAUUGAUGCUCACAUAUGGCUUCCCACUUGCAAUCAUUGGUAUGGCUUUCAAGUAUGCAGAGCUAAAGCCAGUACCAUGCUUGACUUAUUCGGAUGCUCUGAAAUUAAGGGAAACAAGUGCCACCCCAAUCCUUACGCAGGUCAGGAAUGAUGUUACGAGGUAUCGCUAUGGAGAUGAGCAGCAUUUGGAUGAGGCAUUGAAACGAAUUUUCCAGUAUGGUCAGGGUGGGGGAAUUGCUCGGAGGAGUGCACCUACUCUCCAAAGCAUUCGCGAAGAGGUCACAGAAGAUGGUAGAUACUCUCUAGUCCUGGUAUUUGAGGCAAAAGCUCUGCAGUUAUCAGAUUUUGAACAAAGACAGGCUAAAUUUGCGUCAUUCUUCGGACCAGGAAUCACAGCUGAAAUCGUGAAGGGAGAGAAGAAUCUAUAUGAAGUCCGACUCAUUUCUAACUCCAACGUUGACCCCUCUGCAUAACACUUGUAAAAAAAUGCAAUGUAGUUUAAUCAUUACACAGCCUCGUCACUUGUAAAACUGUUGUUUAAAUUCAGUUGACAAAAUCUUAUUGUAUCAUAUAUACAAUUUUGAAUAGAGAAUCAGAAACAUGACAAAAUCUGGGUUUUUUUUUCAAA